GGUUCGUUCGCUCAUUAGUUCAAAUGGCGCCAAAAUCAUAAGAGUAUCAACAGGUUGUGCUGGAGCUAAAUAAAUUUAAUUCGUAAACAAUGGACGAAUUAGCGCAUUUGCGAAAGCGCAUCACAACAUCAUUUAAGCUAUGUGGCUUUCUGAUCCGCUCCGAAAACAGCAGCUUCCUUGCCGAACAGCUACUGCCCUUCGAGCCAACCGAACGUGAGAAAUGGUUGACAAUCAUAACGGAGAAUUUGCAGGGACAGAAGCUAGCAACGCCGCAUGUAGAACGAGAUGCCUUGGAAAAAGCAAUCAAUGAGCUGAAUCGUGUUGGUCUGGAUGAGGGCGAGACUAUUUUCUCCCUUAUUGAUGCAUUCACGGUGCCCCGCUAUCGCUACAACACGCGUAUCAAGAAGUUCGAGCUGGACUCGCGACCGCGUUGUCUGCUGCCACAGCCUCGAAUGAAAUCCGACUAUAUGCAACAGCGCUAUGCAAUGCUACUGCAGAAGACACUGCGUCAUGAUCUGUUUGCACCGGCAGUGAUACAGGACGGCGUUGCAGCUGAUGCCCAAACCAAAAAAUUCAAGUUGCAGUAUGCUGAAAAUUUACUGGCGACAUCCAGCUUAAAGGAGGCCGUUGUGCUGGGCUUGCUCACCCAGCUGAAGGAAGGCAAGUUCUAUGUGGAGGAUCCAACAGGCUGUGUGCAGCUUGACUUGAGUGGCGCUCGCUUUCAUGCCGGCUUCUUCUGCGAGGGCUGCUUUGUCCUAGCCGAGGGCAGCUAUGCAAAUGGAGUGUUAAAAGUUGAUGGUCUGGGCUUUCCGCCCGCUGAGCCAGCUACGAGCAGUCGCGCCUUCUUUGGUACGGGCAACAGUUGGGGCGGCGAGGCUGCCAAGCUACUGAAAUACUCGCCUCGUUUGCAGGAAUUGGAACGCACCAAUACGGAAACAACGAUUGUAUUCCUGUCCGAUGUGCGCUUGGAUCUGCCUAUUGUUAUGGAAAAGCUGCGUCAGCUUUUUGUCGGCUAUGAUUCCUGUCCGCCGCAAGCGAUUGUAUUGAUGGGACCCUUUACGGCCGGUACACGCAAUCAUCAUGAGCUGCGUCAGCAUUUGGAUGCACUAGGCGCCUUAGCUGCCGGUUGCGAGCAUUUGAAAAAACAAACCGAUUUGAUUCUGGUGCCCUCUGUCGAGGAUCCAACGGCUCCAAAUAUAUUGCCACGCGCUCCAUUGCCCGAGUGCCUGGCCGCUGGUUUGCUCAAGGCUUGGCCUCGCACCCAGCUGGCUACGAAUCCUUGCCGGCUGCAGUAUUGCACGCAACAGAUUGUGGUCUGUCGACUGGAUCUCAUGGCCAAAUUCUGUCGCAAUACACUGCACUUUCCGCCAGACACAACACACAUCGAGCAGCAUUUUGCGCGCACGCUCGUCUGCCAGGGUCACCUGGUGCCCAUACAUCCCAUAGCAAUGCCCGUGCACUGGGAUUACGAUCCAGCCCUGUGGCUAUAUCCACUGCCCGAUCUUAUUGUGAUGGGUGAUUCGUGCCAAAGCUUUUCCAGCACUCAGCAUGACUGCACCGUGCUGAACACCGGCUCCUUUGUAAAGUCCAAGUUUGCCUUCAAGGUUUAUAUACCCGCCUCGCGCACCAUUGAGGACUCAGAGAUACCCGGUGACCUGGAUAUGCAAUGAUCGAGACUAACCUCUAGCAACAUAGACAGCUAUAUAUUUACAUAUGUAUGUAUAUAUUUCAAUUAUUUCUCCUUGGAGUCUCACAUGUUGCUUUGCUCUCCCCACUUUACCCAUGAGUGUUUCUCAGUUGAUAAGCGCUGAGCGUCCCCGACGUCGGCCAUCAUAUGCGGCACAGCAUGUGUUCCAAAAUCUCUUUUAUUUAUUUUUGUUGGCUGCUGAGGCGCCUCGCAAUCUGCUUUUUACUACUCGUCGAGGGUUGUCUAUUAUUUUUCAUGACUUAAAGCCGAUUUGGAAGAAUAUUGUUGCUCUGCUGGCGCCGUCACUUAGCGCCGUGGAAAUUCAAUUUUCCAGGGACACACACACACACACAGACACGUAUACAUAUGUAUAUAAAUAUAUAUAUAGUUGAUAUAGAGCCUCGGCAGCUGAAACGGCAAUUUUGUUAAUGCGUUUGACCUGGGGACAUCAAUUGCCCUCGUUUUGUGACAUUGCCACGUCUAUUUUUUCUUGCUCCUGCCCGAAAUCGUUUUUUAAGACAUCAUUAGCCAGCCCUUGGCCAGCAAAGGGACACAAGGGAAAAACACUUCCGAUUGCCCUGUCCGCCAGAGUUCGCUCGUAUUGAUUUAUGAUUUAUUGCCAAAUACUUUGAUAGUUCGUUCCAUCGAGUGUCCGGUGUCCCGUUUUUUUUUCCUAUCUGUAUCAAUUUCCAAAAUGUGUCCAGUGUGCAAAUUCGAUUGUGUGGGCGUGUCUAUCAUAGCUGGGCGUGCCUUUGGCUCUGCCAUUGUUUUCCAUUUUGCGAGCGUCUGCUGGAGCCACAAACUUGGCAUAUAAAAUCCAUGAAACAUUUGUGUUUGGGGCGACAAUCUUGCUUCUGCUUCAUUUAACCGUAACACUGGAAACUUUUUAAAAUUUAAAUAUUGUUUGCGACUGCUGUCGAAGUGGAACAAUAACAUAA